UGCACACACACACAGGGAGCCGCUGGGGACGUGUGGAUCACUCAUUACGCUGGAGUGUGUGUGGGGGUGUGUGUUACUCGUCUCAGUGGAGUGUGUAUGUGAUUUGUAUGUCUUUGAAUCCCCCCCCCCAGAGCGUCUUUGCCCUCCCCUGAUAAAAGGAGGAUCUCAACAUCUGAGGGGUUGGGUGGACUUCACAGCAGGGAUCAGUCACUCUGAAGAAGAGGGACGGAGGGAUUUAAAGAGCAUGGGCCAGGAGUGGAAAAGAAGGGAUGAAAAAAGAGAAGAGAACUUGAUGUCAGGAGGCAGCUCACACAUGACCAUCACCAUCGCUCCCUUACAUCCUUGUCUCUCCUUCCCUCACUCUCUCUCUCUCCUCCUGCAGCUGUGGCUUUCUGAGCAUGCCUCUUCGACAUCCAACGGCUGAGCACACACGAGUGGGGGAAGGAAGAGAAGCAAGAGAGGGGCGAAAAGAGAUUCCAGCAGACCUAGUUUGGGAAGGCACAUACAAACAGCACCUCAAGUAGGAGCAAGGAGGGCAAAUAUUUAGAGAUUUUCACAUUAAAGGACAUUUGAAACUGGGAGAGUUGACAAUGCUGUGACAAAGUGAUGGCCAUUCGCAAGUCCUUUUCGGAGGGGGAAAGAAGAUGAGAAAGGAGUGAAAAGAGCUUUUCGUUGAUGGCUGUGUUUCUCAAUGGGCAGUGGGGCACGUCCGGCAUUCGAUGGUUGACCGCACUCCGGUGGACAUUCUAGGACACUCACCUAGAACGGAUCGUCGAUCAAAGGGACACAUUCUUUUUAUUGUUCCACCUGAAUCUCCGCAUUAGGAGCUUUCGGUCGUCAAGAGGAGAGCAUCUUUGAAGUGAGAGCACUUGUUAUUGAAGAAGACAAGAGGCGUGUUGUUUUUCAGGGAUUCAACUUCAAAGAUAAACUUUUCCACGUCCUUUCUUUUUGAGGUUGCACACACAGGUCCCUGUUCCCUUCUAUGACUCAAAAGGGGUGUGCGGGGGAUGAUUUUGUGGGUCAACAGAAACAUAGCGUUGGAAUCGCAGUUGUUCGUUUCCUUUUGUCAACACAAUAUAUUGGGAAUAUCACAGUGUUGGGAACGUGCGAGGAUUACAAUGGAGACGAAACCUAUAAUUUGUUGCAGUGGAUAUCCAAUACUCACAUAAUGAACCCUAUCCAUCAUGUUUUUUCCCUCCAUGCCACUGUAUGGAAUUAGUGCUGGGGUUGGCAAUUCCACAUUGGCAUCAAACCGGAAAUGUAAUGCUGCGAAUCAUUAUGAUUGAUUAUGACUGGAGACGUAAGUGUAAGUGCAUUGCUGAAUCCAUUGCGCUUUUUGUUACUGCUUGGAAGAGCUCCGGGAUAAUUUUUUAUGCGGCAACUUAUCUACAAUGUCCAACAUCUAAAAUGAUAUCAACCACUGACAGGAUUACAAGAACAUUAAAGUAAUAAAAGAUCAAUUCCAAGUUACUGCAGACACUAAAGGACUACAAAUCGAUGAUGUGGAGGCAUUGUGUUUAGAAUGUAGAGUUAUAGAGUUAGGGCUAAAAAUAUUAUAUUUCGAUUUUUAUUAGGAUCCCUAGGCAGCAAUGCAGUUUCAAAUUUAAUCUGCUUGACUGUAUCCCUGCUUCUUGAGUACUGAAUUGAGGUUGAAGGAUAACUAUUCAUAUUUAUGAGGGUGUUUUGGGGGAACUGAUGGCAGGUCAUGCAAGUGGACCUGACUUUGUACAAACAGGCAUCUGAUGGGACUACAACUAUCUGAACCAAAUGGUGGUAUAUACCUGAUUCAACCAACAGGACUAAAAUGAGCUGAUGAACAGAGAGAGUUACCACAAAUUUAUUAUAAUACCCAACCCUCUUUGAACCCAGGCUUUUGCUUUGACGCACAACUUUCAUUUAUUUAUUAACUUGUUUUUCUUGGACCUAUAUCUUUUUCUUGGAACUUCAUUUUUGUUUGACCUUUGUUUCGUCUUUUGUCUUGGAUCUUGGUUUCCCUCUUUUCCUGGACGUUCACCACCUGGUCAGUAUGGUGCCACCACCACCCGCCAACAAGCUUCAUGUGUGCUUGUCGGCUGUCUUGAUCAUGGGCAGCAUGGCGCUGAUGGACGCCUACUUGGUGGAGCAGAACCAGGGGCCCAGGAAGAUCGGUGUGUGCAUCAUGGUCCUCGUGGGGGACAUCUGCUUCCUCAUCGUCCUACGCUACGUGGCUGUGUGGGUGGGUUCUGAGGUGCGAACCUCCAAGCGUGGCUACGCCAUGAUCCUAUGGUUCUUCUACGUCUUUGUCCUGGAGAUCAAGGUCUACUUCGUCUACCAGAACUACAAGGCCGAGGACGGAAAGGGGAGAAGUUUGGACGGUUGGACUGGCGGCGGCGGCGUGGAUGGUGUGGCACGGAAAGCGCUGACAUUGCUUCUGUCCAUUUGCGUGCCCGUGGUCUACGUCACGUUGGUGGCCAUCGACCACAUGGAGUACGUGCGGCCGCAGAGGAAGAAGGAGGAGAUCCGGUGUCGACUCUUCUGGGUGGUGGUGGACUUGCUCGAUGUCCUGGACGUGCAGGCCAACCUAUGGGAGCCUCAGAGGAGAGGGCUCCCCCUAUGGGUGGAGGGACUCAUGUUCUUCUACUGCUACAUCCUGCUGCUGGUGCUGCCGUGCGUGUCGCUGAGCGAGAUCAGCAUGCAAGGGGUGAACAUCGUGCCCCAUAAGAUGAUGCUCUAUCCGAUUCUCAGCCUGGUGACUAUUAACAUCAUCACUCUCUUCAUUCGAGGUGGGAACAUGAUUUUCUAUAGGGACUCCAGGGUGUCUGGGAUACUGAUGGGUAAAAAUGUGAUCGCCAUUGUUCUCAAGACAUGCAGUUUCGUCCAGUAUCGGAGGCAUCUCGGCGAGGUCCCGUCUCCCGCCCUUGGGGUUGAGAUGCAGAAGAAUUGCAUUGUCCACGGCCCAAAAGUGACUAUGCCUGUGCCCAUGCCAAUGCCCAUGCCACCCCAAGUAGUGAUUCAAGACUUCACAACGUUUCCCGAAGAGAUGGUGUGUGUGAGUGACAGAGAGGUUGAGCAAACGUGACACAGGUCUGGGUGAGAAAGUAAUAAAGAUACAUAACACAUUAUAAGCUUAAUUAUAGCACAUUAUAAAAUACUCAUUCAUGCGUAUAACAAGUUAUUAAGCAUGAUGCCUGCAGGGUUUUAGUAAAGUGUCACUAGAACAGUUGACACAAGGAAGCAGUGUAGAGUCACGACAAGUAGGGUCACAAACAUUUCCUUGGACCAGGGAGGAAAUUACUAUAGGGAGAAGUGAAUGUGCCCCUCCCAAUAAUGAUGAUCUAAUGAAGAACAAAAAACAAAAAUGAAAGGUUAAAGGGAUACUUAUACUUGUUUAAGAUAUUGUGCAGAACAAAGUAUGAUGUACCUUUUAAUUUGAGGAUGAUUUUUGUCUCUUUGUGUACCUGUAAAACUACCUAAAAAUAUAAAUGUGAGGUGCUGGAUACAGUAAAUGAAAGAUAUUCCGCACACUCUACUGAUCAUUGCUGUGUUUAUUAUUCAUUUUAGUAUUGUAAAGAGGCAGUUCAAUGAACAGUAGAGUACCUUCACUCUGACCGGUCCGCCUUUCCAAAUUGUUUUCGUUCUCUAAUGCUGUUUGAGUGUCAAUGUGAACCAUUUCUAUUGAAUGACUUGUCUUUGAUAAAUGAGCCCUGUAUUGAAAGAGU